CCGUAAGUUCCUUAGAAAGAUCACAGAAAAAUCAGAGAAGACCCAUGGAGAGGAGGAGGAGAAAGAAAACCAACUUUAAAUUGCCUCACUUCUAUCUUCCUUUUUCUUUAUUUUCUUUCUUCAAGGAUGGCUGAACAUGUUUCUUUACCCAACAAGGAUUCAUUGACGACAAAGGCACCCAAGAAAUCUACAUUAUCAUUGAGAUUACUGGUGUUAGCAUUCACAGUGAUCUGUGGAGUCUACAUUUGCUCCAUAUGUCUAAAACAAACAGCUCCCCACACAACAGCCACACUCCUAAAUUCCAAAAUAUUCUACCAACCAUGUAAUAUUUCAAAUGCAGAACCAUGGGAACUUUCUUACAUGCAUUACCCAGAACCUCAAACAUUUAGCAGAGAAGAAUGUGCCUGCAAUCCUGUAAGAUACUUUGCUAUAUUGUCCAUGCAGAGAUCUGGAAGUGGGUGGUUUGAGACAUUGUUAAAUAGUCAUAUUAAUGUUAGCUCUAAUGGAGAAAUCUUCGGAGCGAAAGAUCGAAGAGAGAAUAUUUCUGCAAUUGUGAAGACACUUGAUAAAGUAUAUAAUCUUGAUUGGUUCAGUAGUGCUUCAAAGAACGAGUGCAAUGCUGCUGUUGGGUUCAAAUGGAUGCUUAAUCAGGGAGUGCUGGAACAUCACGAUGGCAUAGUGGAGUAUUUCGAUAAGAAAGGAGUUCAUGCCAUCUUUCUAUUCAGAAGGAAUUUGCUACGCAGAAUGAUAUCAGUACUUGCAAAUUCCUAUGACAAAAGUGAAAAGCCACUCAAUGGAACCCACAAGUCUCAUGUCCACUCAUCUGCAGAGGCUAAGGUACUUGCAAAGUACAAGCCUAGAAUAAAUACCACCACCUUACUGUCCGACCUCAAGCACGUUGCUGAUAGAGCCAACAGGGCCAUAAAGUACUUCAAGAGCACUCGCCACAUCGUCGUUUACUACGAAGAUGUCAUGGGUAAUAGCACGAAACUGAAGGAAGUUCAAGAGUUUCUGAGAUUGCCAUAUGGUGAGCUCACAAGUCGUCAGAUUAAGAUACAUAGUGGGGUUCUAUCUGACCAAAUUGAGAACUUGGAUGAGGUCUUACAAGUGCUGAAUGGAACAUCGUACGGCAGCUUUCUUCAUUCAGACUACCCAGAUGUAGUAUAAUGAUUCCAUUUACAAUUUUUUUUUCUUCAUAUCGAUUUUCGCCAUACAGAAUCUCUCCAUAGUUCUGACUGCAGCCCGAUGCUGCUUCUUCCCUUACUCUCCUAAUGUUGUCUCCGUCAUUACAGUGAUUAGAUAAGCCUUGUAUAAGCAUAUAUCAUCAGAUAAACCUAUUUAGCAAGACAGACUGCUCAUAAUUUCUUUCUCAUGGCUGUAACCAUCAAUAAUUAUAUUUGUUUGAACAGUAAGCAGCUUGAUCG